AUGGCAGUGAAGUGGAAGGCUCUUGAUCUGCCAAUGCAGUCAUGCCUGUGGCCCACUCGCGUGAGUCUCUACAGUUGUCCGAGACCAUUAAGGGCAUGUGUGCUGCUGGGCCGAGGCUGGCGCCUUAAAAAUCUCUUUUCACUGCCCGGACUUGAGUCUGGAGUCGACCGAAUAGCCGACGAGGGUGGCAACCGUUUGUCUUGUCGCUAG